AUGACUAUAAAAGGUACCCUAAACAAGUGCACCGGCAUCGCAGAUCGCCUUGGUCAACAGCAUGGUCUGUCGGUCGCGCCGCCAAAUGAGGACAUAGUUCGGCGGGUGUCAGUGUCGCGACCAAGAGUGCAUCCAGGUGGCCUUCUCUCGUGUCGGGAUGCGGAAGAAGAAGUUGAUCAGGACGAGCCGGUGUUCUGUCCAGGUUCGUAGGAGGAGCAGACCAUUGUUAUUGGAGCCAUCGAGACAAUGGGGACCCAGCACUCCUCUCCAGACAGCAUCGUUUAUGCCUACGCGGGCGUUAAAGUCACCAGGGAAAAUCAACUUAUCGCCUUCGGCACAGUCGCCAGAAGGACGUGCAGGUCUUCGUAGGAUUUGUCCCUCGCCACGCUAGGGCUGGUUAUCGGGGAGCGUAGACGCUGACGAUGUUGACGAAUUUACCUUACUGAGGAGGCAGACGGAGGCUCAUCAGGCGAUUGUUGAUGCCGUGCUGCAGACAGGGCAUUCGUCCCACAAUGUCGUUCCGGAUGCAAAGGCGACGUUCGCAUCUCGUCGCUUUGUCGUAGGGCGGCGGCUCCAGAAGAAGGUGUAGCCGGUACCUACCUCCUCUAGUUGGCCUUGUUCGGAGAACCGGGUCUCACUGAGUACGUCGAUGUCCAACUUGUGGCGCGCCAGUGCCCGAGCCAUUAGCGUCGUCCUUCGUUCCGGUGGGUUGUUCUUUGGAUUGUCUAAAUAUGGAACGAACAUUCAAGGCUGCCAGGGUGAGCAGACUCGUUCUAGUAGCCUGUGGGGUGGGGCCGCGGAGUGAAGGGGGAAGAAAGAGAUUUUUGUUUUGGAUUUGGUUGCUUCGACCGUGAGUUUUGCGUCUGCGACUACGGCCAGCGCGCAGAGGACGUGAGCCCUGCAUUUAAUUAGGGCAACUUUUAUAAUCCCGUCUCCCUCGUGGGGGCAAGCAGUGCUAUCCCUAAAUAGGGCUGCUUAGAUAUCUCACGUAGUUGCCGAACUCCACUUGGCGUCGCGAUCUCGUUUAGUGGAGAGCGACGCAAGUUGGCCUAAACCACUUACGGAAUUGCAUGUUGCCCUCUCCGUAGGACUUUGUGAUGUGAUGGAAGGGGGAUGAGAAAACGGGUAGGGGGUGGGAGGAAGGAGGAAAGGGAAGGGAACAGGGUUGCCGUGUGUGGGGGCAAGUAACACCGGAGACCCUUACAUGCCUUCGCCCGCUGUUCCAGAAGGUUACUGGUGUGUGGCCACUAAACGGAGCCCAGCUUCGUGGAACCGCAUGUGAGAGUUGAGUGCCAGUUAACAGACGCUGGGCGUUACCAACAACUGAAAGCAAGUGAAGGGACCUAUUGCGACCUCCACUUAGACCAAGAACUGUACACCCCUACACCACGGGACAAAACACACACUUGUUGGAUACCUUCAUCUGGCUUCUCUCGCCGGUCGGAGAGGCUACCGGUUUGUUGCCACUGAGCAGGGCAUAGCUUCGGUGGGCUCCAUACGAAAGGUGGGUGUUAGUUAAUGACGCGCGUCAUCCCCGUCUCGCACAUCAGUCUGAUGGAACGACUUGUCGCUCACACACGCUGUAUCCCCUCAUUAAACAUCUUCUAAAUAUCCACUAAAUAUGUAAGUUAACUCGAGUGUUACACGCGACGACUAGUAUAUUUUUCAAAGAAGGUGCUAUUUUGCAGAGUUUUUGGCCCCUACCUUAAAGAGUGGCCAAAUGGUAACCGGUACCAAACUGCACUGCCACUCAGCGCGGAUGGAAGAAGGUACGAGUUAAGUAUAUGCGUUGGGUAAGGAAAAGCUAUGGAGAACUGCUUACAAUAUUUUUAGAGCUUUUGGUCAGUCCUUCUUCGACAGGACGACACUUGCUGACCUGCCGGCGCUGCUGAAUUGUCUACAUUGGUUCAUUGUUCUACACAACCCACGCGUAAUUAUUUAGUAAGCAGAAAGCCCAGUUUAAAAGUUCGGCGCCGAGAUAAGUCAGGUAGCAAACAAUACUCGAAAUAAUGGUAGAUGGAUUGCAUACGUCUGCCAGUAAAGCACGAGUGGUUAAACACUGGCGAAUUUGUUAAACAACAGUUGAAAUUUUCCUACCUCGCGCAUACACUCAAUCCUUACCGGUUUAUAGGCAUUGGGAUAUGGACAAAUUAUCCCUGGUCUAAUUCGGGCAGGAAUAUUUGAAAGUGACCAGAUGCUCUAUUUUAAGCCUGAAUAUAACAAUAUGUACCAAAUCUCCUUUAAGCAUUCCUAUGCUACUUCAACAAAAUAAUGACUGUGAGGACCAAAAUGAGGAGCACGGCAUCUCUUCUGUCCCGACUAAACACUUUUGCAUAAAUGAAUUUUCUUAUGUUCAUUGGACGUACAACAUAGUAAAGCAGUUUGUCAUCAUUAGAGAAUUCAGUUGUUGUGCUACAAAUACGCCCACAUCCUCUUGCAUUGAAAGUGGCUAUGAUUCAAUCCAAGCCAAAAAUUGAAUAAUAUUUGCGGUUAAGAAAACUGUAAUUACUGGCGGCGACCUUCUUCACAGCUACUCACCGGGCUGUCCAAUUAAAAGUAAGACAGUUGAGCGGCGUGUGCAUAAUAAAAAGCACAGUGGACUGUGUGCGCGUUCCAUUCCUAUCCCUAAAGACACAAUGCACAUGCUGCUUGUCGUGCUGUGUUGUCUGAUAGUGCGACUGAAAGCUUGCUCCUGGUUUAGGGGUAGGUUUAUUCUACAUAGCAAACAAGACUCUGAACUCCUCUGGUGCAGUCAUCUUCUGAAACACUCGUGGAUGAAGCAAAAGAAGGGACAUGAUCUUUAGGCGUCGUUAAUUGAGUACAGGUAUAUGCAGACGACCUACAUGUAGACAGUGACACUCUGUCAGAACAGAAGAAAAGCAUGCUUGAAAUUGGCGUGCAAAUGCAUCCGACUUUCAGAGCGACAAAGGAGCAAGUCUCACAGGGACACUUAAAGUCACUUCAUCUCAAUAUCCCUUUAUAUUUCUUCCCCCACAGAUAUCUCAUUGGACCCCUUCAGCACGAUUUCACUUGACUUAAAACGUGCUGUCUAGUUUCAGUGUCUCUUUAUAUGUUCAUUUGUCCCAAUUUUAAUAACGACCACCAUUUAUCUUUUGAAUGUCCUCUCUAGAACUCGUUUUGAUGUGGUUCAGUUGCAUUAAUAUUUCACAAUGUUUCGCAACAGGUUUUUCUGAAAUCUGGAGUGCUUCUAUUUAUACUAACUGUCAUCGUUUUCAAAUCUUGUAGAUAACGUGCAGUGUCCACGUCGAGAUGACGCAUUCAGCUUAAAAGACGUCGCGGAGCACUUAGUAAAUAAAAUUUCUAUCCUCCAGUCUUCUAUCCAGCCCAAAGGUGUCUCUGUCACAGACUUCAAAAUGCAAAUUGAACCCAAAGCCUCUGUUUUCGAGUGUUUCUUCAUGCGAGACAUAAUUCCCGCAAGUUACAUUCAGUAUGCCUGCACUCUGGAAUUUCCCUCAAUUACGAUUACACUGAGCCACUCAGUAAGUUGGAUGAAAGAAAUCCAUGCUUACUAAGAAAUCAACAUUGUUUUAGCGCGGAAGAGUUUUAACUUGAACGAGUUCAGGUUUGCUGAACUUUUCCAACUUUCUGCGUUAUUUUAGGAGGAAUUCUUUAAUGGGCAUCUUUAUCAAAUUUGGUUUGCUACGACCACGAAGCUCCAGCUGCGAAAUGUGUCAGCAAAAGUUAUUAUCGAUUUUUCUUACUGGGACAGGGAAGAGAAUCGGCCAAAUAUAAUUCGUUUAUCAGAUGUUGAAAUUCGUAAUGUGUCACUUGAGGAAUCCACGAGAAUGUCUGAAAAUCUACAGUUGGAAAAGGUGUCCGAAAAUCAAAUCAACUAUUUUGUAAGGAAAGCAUUUCAUCGGAUGACGACUUUGUUUUGUCAUCAGUGACUAAAUGUAAGCAUCAACAAUGACUAAUUGCACUAGUUUUUCAAGUAUCUUGAAUUUACAAAUAAAAGUAUAUGUGAUUGGAUUCUAUUCCCGAAGGUCUUUCUUUGAGGUUAAAGGGAGUAAAUGCAGAAAUGGAGGACAAAAUCUGCUGGAUGGGCUUGUUGACUUUUUGAGAUAGUCUCACCUCAAAAGACCGAUCUUCCUAAUUCAAACGAAAAACAAAAUUAGUCUUGCUGAUUGAUAUUUUGGAGAAAUCGUGCAUCACUUCUUGCAGCGAACAUGUUUUCGCAGUUCGAACAGACAAACGAGGCUCGUUGAUUUCGGUGAUUGACAUUCGCCUCUGCGUGGACUAACUUGUCCAUAAAAUCUACAGAUAUGCUAUUACCCAAAAUUUCAGUGCUCGCAGUUCUUUCUUUGAAGUAAUCCAUCACAUUCAAGUGUAAAUAUGGUCAUGAAAUAAUAUGCCCCUCUAACAGCUAGAUGACGCUCCCGGUUUCAGAUAAUGAAGGUUCAUUGGGGAAAAAGAAAGGCUUUGCAAACGGAUCACCCGAAGCAUAGGGUAGUACGAUAAAACAACAUCUGGAUAACUCGGUACACGAAAAGUCACUCGACGGGAACCACAAAUAUAAGCGGUACAGUAAACAUCGACAGUUUAUCCAUAUUCCACCUGAAACGAUUCGGACCAAUUUGACAGCCGGUCCAAGCAUCCUUAGGUGAAAUUAAGAUGCAUUGCCUAAGGAUGUCGUCAGUGUCUGAGCUCUACCCAUCUCGUUUCCUCUUGACGCAUGUUUUCUGACUCAUUUCAUACAAUUUCCUCUGCACUCCAAUCCUUUCUUGCUCUCAUAUCGGGGCUGUAAUUGCAGACACCCGUAACCGUACUUCCCUCCACCGUCCGGUCACCCGGUGGUGAUUAAUGUUCGGCUGUUGACUUCUUGCUUGGUGUGACAGGGCAAUUUUGGCAGCCACUGUUAAAUCCCUGCCCUCCCGCCUGGCUGAGUGCAGACAGGCGGCACGAAUACAUGAUAUGAGUAACCAUAGUUAGGUGGGCCAAUUACCGAACACAAAUUUCUCAAUGGGCACUAAAGCACUUGCUCUUCCGUCACCCUCAAGCAUUUACCGCUGUGCGCUCUGCUCCUGCUUUGGUUCCCCUCAAUAGUCAGGUUAUCGCACUGAACGACCCACCAGCAAAACCAUGGGCAUUUCGCUGGAGUGCUCUCCUAGUCCCUUAUGAUGUCACCAUCUGGUUCAAAUUCCAGCCAUUUGACCUUAUCCUUGCCCGUAUUUACUAUGUAGGCUGCCCUCCCAGAUUUUUCUCCCUGAAUCCUGACUUGGAAAAAUCAGGAACUCCACCUAUUGGGUGGAGUGAAUUCGCAAAAAUACAUACGAUCCGUUUCUACUCUUCAGCUUUCGCCGAAAGGGAUACUGAUCAAUUUAACUGGUAGCCCCAUUAACCGGGGUCUACCAGUACCCCUUUUCUUUUCGAAUGUUUGGUCGGAUCCUGUCGAGUGAGCCGCAACUUGGGAGCUGGCGUCUUUCCUCCUCACCGCUGCUGCAUGCUCGACCAACCGCGUCCGCAGUAGUCAUCCGGUUUCCCUGACAUAGUUGCUUUGCCCACAGCUGCAUCAGAAACGCUAAACGUCUUCAGAUAUUUCUUGCCGGUCUGUGUGCGACUUCAAUUCCAAGGGGUGUGAGAAGGCGGCUGACGGCUUCUGAGACUUACUUCACGAACGAGUGGGUUCGCCAAAAUUUGGGGUUGGUUGGACUUUUCUCUCGUCUCGUUUGCGCAGGCACAGUUUGAUGAAGUUGUCCGGGUAGCCAUUGGCUUUGAAUACCUGUCGAAGGUAUUGUAAUUCAGCAACCUUGUCUUCCAUUUAACUGCAGUGCGUCUCAACGCGCCGGUAUAGCGCCCUUACUCAACUGCGUUUGUGACUGAUCGGGUGGUUGCUAUUGAAGUUCUGUACUUGCGUCGUAUUUUUCGCUUUCCUGGACACUUCGGUUUUUAGGCCACCACAAUCUUUGCGGCAGACGAGGACAUCCAGAAAGGCCAGCUGAUUGUUUUCCUCCUCCUCCAUCGUAAAUUGAAUGUCCGGGAAGACGGCGUUGAAUUGUUCUUUGAACGUCAGCACCCGAUCCCGUCCGAUGACGACGAAGGUGUCAUCCACAUACCGAGUCCAGAAUUUCGGUCUGUGGUGUUGGAAAACCAGCGACUCCAACCGUUGUAGGACCGCCUCGGUUAUGAGUCCCGAAAUCGGCGAAGCCAUUGGCGUGCCCUUCACCUGCCCAUAG